AUGUCGGUCAAUAACAUUAACCAGCCUUUAGAAAUAACAGCCAUUUCCUCUCCUGAAAAUUCCCUGAAGAACUCUCCUGUUCCUUACCAGGACAAUGACCAGCCCCCGGUGCUGAAAAAGGAGAAGCCUCUUGUGCAGACCAAUGGUGUCCAUUACUCCCCCCUGACAUCGGAUGACGAGCAGGGCUCUGAGGAUGAGCACAAUAGCAGCAGAAUUGAGAGGAAAAUUGCAACAAUAUCAUUGGAAAGCAAAUCUCCACAGAAGACUGUUGAAAAUGGUGGCAGCUUAUCUGGGAGGAAACAAGCACAAACCAGCGAAAACAUGAACAGCAGUAAAUGGAAAUCUACUUUUUCACCAAUAUCUGACAUCAACCUGACCAAGACUACAGACAGUCCCUUGCAGUCGGUUUCAUCUCUGAGUCAGAACUCGCUGUUUGCCUUCAGGCCUUCCUCCGAGGACAGCCUGGCCAUGGACACCAAGGUCACUGCACACAUGAGGAAGGGUAUGGCCAUGCCCUCAGAUGGGCUCAGCCCCAGCACCAACCCCACCAAUGGCUUCACCUACAAUGGAGGACUGACAGCUGACCUGGGCUUGCACAGCUUCAUUGAUGGUGCUUCUCUCCCACACAAGGCUUCUGACGUGACCACUUCCAACUGCUCCAUGGGUUUCCAGUCGCAGCGAAGCAAAGAUGUGUCAGAUACAAAUCUGUUCUUGAACAAGAGGCAACUGGAAGGCCUCAGUGGCAUGAAAGGAGAAGAGCUGAAUCGCUCCGGGGGCAAAGGCAAAGAGCUAAACGAGAUGAGCGUGCGCACGGGGGGUUCCUUGGAGAAGAACUCUCUGCAGCACAACGGGAAGGUUGGCAAGGGAAGAGACCGAGAUGUGGAGUUUAAAAAUGGCCACAACCUUUUCAUUUCUGCUGCUGUCUCAUCUGGUGGCCUUCUGAAUGGUAAAAGCCUUUCUACUGCUGUGUCUUCGGCAGCCAACCCAGCAUCAUCCGUUCCGACACACCAUCCCUUCCUAAACACUCUGACCACUGGAUCGCAGUUCCCCCUCGGCCCCAUGGCCUUGCAAGCAAACCUCAAUUCGGUGACAAACUCCUCAGUAUUGCAGUCCUUAUUUAAUUCAAUGCCAGCUGCUGCCAGUCUGGUCCAUGUGUCAUCAGCUGCAACCAGACUGACUAACUCUCACACUAUGGGGAACUUCUCUCCUGGGGUUACAGGUGGAACAGUUGGAGGUAUUUUUAACCAUGCGGUGCCUUCUGCCUCCUCUCCUCAUCAGUUUGGAGCCAGUUUCAGCAGCAGUGCUGUCUCUAGCAGCACAGUGCUAAGCUUAAACCCUCUGCAGGCUGUUGCCAGCACCUCAUCCUCAUCCUUCCCACCCUCUUCCUCUAAUUUAGUAACAUCUAGCGAGACUAGAGCCGCUCAGCGCCUCAACAGAGCGCCAGUGCAAUCUGUUUUCCAUCCUCCUCCUAACAUCUCCUUGCCUCCUCCUCCUCCAUUACUCGCCUCUAACCCCGAGCCCACGCUCCUGCAGAGCCUGCCCUCCAUGCCCCCAUCCGAGGCGUUUUUGCCAUCCUCUUCUGCUGCUUCUUCUGUCCAGUCUAAUGCUUCUUUGUCUAUUAAACUGGCUUCUCUCCAGCACAAACCCUCCCGCCCCUCCUUUACAGUCCACCACCCUCCCCUGGCCCGUGUGGCGCUGGCCCCGGCGCCGCUGCUGCCGCAGUCCGACACCGCCUCCGCUGGCACGGCCACGAUGUGGGUCACCCUGGGCUUGCAGCCUCCUUACGCUUCGCACCUUUCGGGGGUUAAGCCACGAUAA